UUUUGAUGGUUUGAUUUCCGCCUAUUCACGCCGGAUAGGCUCGUAAACAAUUAUUUUUUGCAUUUAGUUCUUACGAAUUUUUCUACAUUAAACGCAAACAUGAGUUCGAUAGGAACAGGUUACGAUCUUUCUGCAUCUCAAUUUUCGCCGGAUGGUCGAGUUUUUCAAGUGGAAUAUGCCCAGAAAGCCGUAGAAAAUAGCGGAACGGUAAUCGGCUUACGAGGAAAAGAUGGAGUGGUCAUCGCCGUGGAGAAACUCGUUACGUCCAAGCUUUACGAAGCUGGAGCCAACAAGCGGAUAUUCAACAUCGACCGACAUGUUGGUAUGGCGGUUUCUGGAUUAAUUUCUGACGCACGACAAAUUGUAGAGACGGCAAGAUCUGAAGCUGCCAGUUAUCGUGCACAAUAUGGAAUCGGAAUACCUCUCAAGUACUUAAAUGAACGUGUGUCCAUGUACAUGCACGCUUAUACCCUUUACUCAGCAGUCCGACCAUAUGGUUGCUCCGUUAUCCUGAGUGCACAUGAAGCAGAUGGGCCAGCUAUGUAUAUGAUUGAUCCUUCUGGAGUUUCUAAUGGAUACUACGGAUGUGCAGUCGGUAAAGCAAAACAGUCGGCAAAAACUGAAAUUGAAAAGAUGAAACUGUCUGACAUGACCUGCAAAGAACUCGUGAAGGAGGCCGCGCGGAUAAUUUACCUUGUCCACGAUGAACUCAAAGACAAGCAGUUCGAGCUGGAGAUGAGUUGGGUUGGUGCUCACACUCAAGGUCAACACGAGCGGGUUCCCAUAGAGAUAAAAACAGAAGCAGAAACGAAGGCACGUCAAGCGAUGGCUGAUGAUUCGGACAGUGACACCGAAGACAUGUGAAUAGCAGGUGCAAAUUGAUCAAUUUGAUAAUCAUUUUGUAAGUUAUUUCUUUCGCAUUUCUUGUGAAAUGUUUUUAUCGUUCGUAAGCAACACCUAUUACUGAUAAGUAAAUCGAAUAAAUGCGUCGCUCUUCGUUUGUA